UUAUCACACAGCUCGUUCAACGUUUCGGUCGACACAUUCUCGAGUCAAACUGAGGCACCUAUUCGUAAAUCCAGAACAAAUUCAAAUUGUAAAUUGUAUCCUGUAACAUUUUAAUAAGUUUUGCGUUCUCUUUCGAUGAAAUUCCGUUGAAAACCGUCAAUAAACUGAAGCCCGGGGCCAAGCCAGCAAGAAGGAGUCAUCAACUUGCUUAGAAAGCACAAAACAGAAGUAAAGCAGUGGUUCUGAUCUUGCUUACAAAGUAAACUAGCAGAAAAGCAUAGGUCCUCAUCUUGCUCACAAAGCAUAAAAGUAGCAUUUAAGCAGUUCAGCUACCAGACAAAUGAAACAAAGCGUUUUGGCUAACAAGCAAGAAAAGACAAAGCAAUAAGCAGUGGUUUGUAAAGCAAGCAGUGUGCCCAAAGAGCAAGUUUAUCAUAUAUGAGAAAGUAGGUUCCUAACUUUAAUGAAAUCUUAAUAUAAAGGAAGUUGGAACUUUGGAAACCAUUCAGCAAAUCUCAGUAAGCAUUUGAGCUGAAAAGCAAGAGAGCACAAAGCAAGAUCAAGCAAUUAUAAGUAAUUUGCAAAGCAAGCAGUUUAUCAUCUCUGAAAUACUAAGUUCCUAACUCUAACAGAAUCUUGGUAUAAAGAAAGUUGAAAAUUUUAGUUAGUUCUAUAAAGUAGUAACACUAUCAAGAUGUCGGACAACUCGGCUGUGAGCACCGUGCUCAACGUUCUGCUCUGCGGAGCCACCGGCUUUGGAUUCUACAAGAUUGGGCCCAGCGAGCAUCCGUAUGCCUUCACCGCCUGUGUGUUUGGAUUUUGCCAUGGACUCUUCGGCCUGGUGAGCAGCCUGACUGGGGAUGAGAAUGCCAAGAAGGUCACGGACACGACCACCUCGAUCAUGGAGAUCUUACCGCUGCCGCUGGUCAAUGUGGAUCUCUAUUUGGCUGCCGAGAGCAACAACAUUGCCCUGGGCCAUGGACUAUUUAUAGUGCCCCUGGCCGUAAGUGUGAUUCUCAGUCUCUUCAAGGGCGAAAGCGGCGAUGAAGGCGAGGGUAGUGCCCUGGACACCCUGAAGACCCUCACCAUUUUGGGUAACAUCACUUCGCUACUAUACCUAUCGAUCAACGAGAGCAGCUGGAAUCUGGCCGGCAUGGCCUUCCUGGCCUUCAUGGCCAAGUUCGGGGCCAAAUUCUUUGAGGAGCAGAUCAGCGAGGGCAGCGGCGAGCCGGUGACCUAUUUGAGUUGGUCGGGCUUCUACGUCCUCACCGCCUUGGCCACCACGGGCGAAAAGUAGAUCCUCAGAUCACAGGAUAUACCCUUUUUUCGAAACUUACCUAGCAAUUUCCGGACCCCAAUCCAUUCGACCUUGGACGAGCAAAGUGAUGAAUAAAUUAUUGGCCCAAUGAUGCGGCGACUUCUUAAUUCUUAACUUUUUGGCUUCCAUUAUCAA